AUGGAUUUACCUGGACCAAUACAUGAUUUUCUUUUAAUUUUUUUGGGGUUGGGUCUUAUAUUAGGGGGGCUAGGAGUGGUAUUAUUUACCAAUCCAAUUUUUGCGGCCUUUUCAUUGGGAUUGGUUCUUGUGUGUAUAUCUUUAUUCUAUAUUCUAGCAAACUCCCAUUUUGUAGCUUCUGCACAACUCCUUAUUUAUGUGGGAGCUAUAAAUGUAUUAAUCAUAUUUUCUGUAAUGUUCAUGAAUGGCCCAGAAUAUGACAAAAAGUUUCAUCUGUGGACUGUUGGGGACGGGGUUACUUCAUUGGUUUGUAUAAGUCUUUUUGUUUCAUUAAUUAUUACUAUUAUAAAUACGUCCUGGUAUGGUAUUAUUUGGACUACAAAAUCAAACCUGAUUCUAGAACAAGAUUUGAUAAAUGCUAGUCAACAAAUUGGAAUUCAUUUAUCAACCGAUUUUUUUCUUCCAUUUGAACUCAUUUCAAUAAUUCUUUUAGUUGCUUUAAUAGGUGCAAUUUCCGUGGCUCGUCAAUAA